AUUCCGUGCUGACGUUUACGGGCGUGUUGAGUGUGCGCAGCGGAAAAGCGCUUCGAGUGUGCGAGGUAAGCGACGUCAGUAAAGAAUCUGCAAGCUAUAGUCAACGCAAACCAGUAAAUAAGGUUUGCGGACUUUCCAUAGUGAUUGGAAAUUUGGUUUCACGCCACGGAAAAUAAACCAGCUGCUGCACUAACAAGUAGACAAUAAAUAUAAAUGCACAAGGCACUAUAGAUUGUCUUGUAGCAAUUUCAGCGACAACAACACGUCACAAGUGAAAUGCCAACAAUUUUUCACAAAAACUUGUACAAUUUUAAUUUAAAUUUUGGUGAAAUUUUCACAAUUUCUCGCAGUCGACAUUUAAACUUGCCCGCAAUGAAGGAGCAAAUAGCCCAACAGCAGCAGCAUCAACAACAACAACAGCAACAAUAUCAACAACAACAAUCAACAGACAAUACCACUACUACAGCGACACACACGGAAAGUGCACAUCAGCAAAUGUCAGCGCAACGCGGCGAAUGGACUCGCACAAUUGCAAAGGUGUCAGUUGCAUUGUUGUUGAUUUCUUCAUUGGCCAUCGGCGCCAACUGUCAAAUUUGCGGUCAACCAGCCGUGCCGCUUAAUGCCAAAGUACAGACUAUCUCUGGCGAUGCGGGUUUUAUAGAGGCCAAAUACGAUUGUGAUUCCGGUUAUGAGCUCUUUGGCCCAAAGACGAUUAAAUGUGAUCCAACGAGUGGCUGGGAACGUGAGUUGCCAUUUUGUGGCACAAAUGUCGCCUAUCGUAAGCCCGUAAAUCAAAGCUCGUAUACGCGUGCGGGUCCGGCGAAUUAUGCAAAUGAUGGCAAUCCGGGGAAUAAGAACCCAGAUGGCCAACAAUGCUCCGAAACACAAAAGGAACCCUCACCAUGGUGGCGUGUCGAUCUGCUAGCGCCACAAGCCGUCCGCGUUGUACGCAUCACCACACGCGGCUGCUGUGGUCAUCAACCACUGCAAGAUCUGGAGAUACGUGUGGGCAAUAGUAGCGCCGACUUGCAACGCAAUCCACUUUGUGCCUGGUAUCCAGGCACUGUCGAGGAAGGCAUCACCAAAACAUUCUCUUGUGCGCGUCCACUUAUCGGCCAAUAUGUCGCCAUACAGCUGGUGGGCGUGGAGGGCAGCUUGAGUUUGUGUGAAGUAGAAGUCUUUACAAAUGAUGAAUUCUCUGUCGAUCGCUGUCUCAGUCCAAAUUUGAGUGUUGACACAGUGCUGACGACAUUCUCGAAGACUUGCUAUGAAUUUCACGUGACGAAGGGUGAGAAUUUCGAGAAGGCGCAGCAAAUGUGUAAAACAACGGGCGGCAAUUUGGUGCACGAUUUUCGUGGUGCCGCCAACGAUUAUAUUCUCGCCGAAUUAGAACGCCGCAAAUCGGAGCUGAAGACACAGCUGGUGUGGAUCGGUGCACAAAAGGAACCGGGCAUCACAUCGCGCACCUGGAAAUGGGUUAACGGUGAAGUGGUACAAAAGCCGGCCUGGGGCAAAGAUCAGCCGAACAAUUAUAAUGGCGAGCAGAAUUGUGCGGUGUUGGAUGGCGGUCGCAAUUGGCUGUGGAACGAUGUGGGCUGUAAUUUGGAUUAUCUGCACUUUAUAUGCCAGCAUUCGCCCCUCUCAUGCGGUUCACCGGAUGCACAACAGAACACCACAAUUAUGGGUCGUAAUUAUACGCUGGGCAAUAAAAUCACAUACGAAUGUCCUAAGGGCCAUUCGUUGAUCGGCAAUGCUGAGCGUACAUGCCGUGCUGAUGGCACUUGGAGUGGACGGGCGCCCACAUGCAAAUAUGUCGAUUGCGGUCCACUGCCGGAACUGGAGCAUGGCGCCAUUCUACUUUCGGAACAACGUACCAGCUAUGGUGUGCAGGCGACCUACACUUGUCACGAGAAUUACACGCUCAUUGGCAAUGAGAAUCGCACUUGCGAGUUGACUGGUUGGACGGGCAAGCAGCCGGAAUGUCUGGUCGAUUGGUGUCCUGAGCCGCCACGCAUCGCUGGCGGCAGCGUUACAGUGACGGACAAACGUGCCGGCUCAACGGCCACAUAUGAAUGCGAGGCCGGUUAUGUGUUGGUGGGCGAACCGAUAAUUUCCUGUGGCCUCGGCGGUGAAUGGUCCAGCAAACCGCCAUCAUGUCGUUUCGUUGAUUGUGGUGCACCAGCGCGUCCCGAUCGUGGCCACGCGGUGUUGGUGAAUGCCUCGACUACGGUCGGUUCGAUGGUCAAGUAUGAAUGUGAAGAUGACUAUUGGUUAGAUGGCCCGUCGGAGCUGUAUUGCACCAAAGAGGGUAAAUGGUCUGGUGAUGCACCGGUUUGUGAACUGGUCGCUUGCGAUACGCCACAUGUGCCGGCUGGUUCAUUUGUGGUGGGCUACGAUUACAAUGUACACUCCAAAAUUCAAUACAACUGCGAUCCGGGUUAUGUGUUGCGUGGCACUCCGACAUUGGAGUGUUUGGAGACCGGCGAGUGGAACACAGAUGCACCGUUUUGUGAAUAUAUCGACUGCGGCAUCAUCACCCCAAUACCCUAUGGCUCCAUGAAGUACACUCAAAAUACCACGUACGUGGGAUCAGAGGUCACAUUCAGUUGCACGCAGUCUCACAAGCUGAGUGGUGUGCCAAAGCGAGUUUGUCUUGAGUCCGGCGUUUGGAGCGAUGCAUCACCGAAAUGUGAAGAAAUCCGCUGCUCCGAACCAGUGUUAGCCGCUCAUAGUUUACUCUCGGUCACGGGCAAUGAUCGCAUGUAUGGACGCACGUUGAUACGAACGGCGGACUCGGCACAGAAUAGCGCACAGACAUAUAAAAUCGGCGCCCUUGCGAAAUAUCGUUGCGAACGCGGUUAUAAGAUGGUGGGCGAAGCUCUUGUCACCUGUGAAGAUAAUGGCCAAUGGAGUGGCGCUGUGCCGGAGUGUGUAUAUGUGGAGUGCGGCAUACCAGCCAAUAUAACGCACGGCAAAGUCACACUGGCCACAAAUGUUACUUAUUAUGGCGCUGCUGCCUUGUACGAGUGCAAUCCGAACUUCAAAUUGGAUGGAGUCUCACGUCGCCUGUGUGCCGAUGAUGGAACGUGGAGUCACGAAACACCUGUUUGCAUAGAGAUCACCUGUGAUGAGCCCGACAUUAGUGAGAAUCUAAUAGUCGAUGCUGUCGGCCACUCAGUAGGCGCGCAAGCGAAAUUCAAAUGCGCCAAAGGACGGACGCUGAUCGGUAAUGAUACGCGUGUAUGUCAAAAGAAUGGCAAAUGGACGGGCAAAAGUCCUAGUUGUAAACCUGUUGAUUGUGGACGUCCGCCGAUGAUCGAAAACGGUCGUGUGAUAAUCGUGAACGAGUCAACAUUAUAUGGCGGCUCAGCGGAAUAUCAUUGCAUACCAAGCUACAAUCGUAUCGGUCAAUAUCUGCGCAAGUGCACCGAAGAUGGCACUUGGAGUGGCGAUGAACCGCGUUGUGAAGUCGCUGCCACCGAGGCGCAGGAGAGCUCCAGUUUGGGCACUGGCAUAGCGAUCGGCGCCACAGUCAUUAUACUCUUACUCUUCAUUAUUGGUCUCAUUUUUUUGCAUCGCAACAAAGCGCGCCCAGUGAAGAAUACCGAGAAUGUGCAGGCAGCAGAGACCAAAGAUGAACGCAAUGCGGCCGUGAUGUCUUACUCGACGCUGGAGGCGAAUAAUCGAAUGCAUUUGGACAAUGGACCGCCGGCGACGUUCAACACAUUCCAAGUGAAUGGACGUGGUGGUGGUGGUGCGGUGAAUGGUAAUGGGUCCAUCGGACGGAAGCCAGAAAACAUCUACGAUCAAAUACCCAGCGAGCAAUUCUACGAUGCGCCAUAUGAGAUGCGCACCAACGAUGAGGUCUACGAACCUGAACCGACGACCGGAAAUGUCAUCACCAUAAAUGGCAUAUCUGUGCGAUGAGCAAGCAGCACGCGGAACUGUGUAGUCAGCAGAUUUGUUUUGAUUAUUUAAACAAGCAAACGAAAUUGCAUAAAUUAAGUGCUAAAUUCAUGUUGAGCAUUUAUAACGACUUUUAGGCCUUUUUAACGCUUUUGUUUUUGGCAUUUUUGUGACUGUUGUAGGAUUGGAUAGAUAUUUUCUUAUUUAAUUUUAUUCUACUUUAUUUUAUUCAAUUUCAU